AUGGAUAGCAUUAAAACUACUUCAACUCCACUAUUUGAAACGCUAUCAAAUAAUUUUACAGAAACAACACAGCUAAAUGAUAAACAUAAAGAUUGUAUAGGAGAUUUGCCCAUUAUCAAGACUACAAUAAAAGCAAAAGUUAAGAGAGAAGAUUCAGGAAGUACAGUUGAAUGUAAUGGCACAUCCGACCAUCCAGUCCCUGAAAUAAUUAUAGGAAACAACAUAUUGCAGUACGACAGUCGUGACAAAGAAAAUAGUGAAAUGAAAACACCAUUGUUUAAAAUUUCAGCUGAUUGUACUACACCCAUAUUAGAAAUAUAUGAAUCUGUAGUAAAAGAUAAAUCUAUCACUAAAGAACCAGAACAGGUCGACAUGGGAGUUAUUUUUUAUAAAUUGUCAGAUCGCAAGUUUAUAGAAAAUGGAUGGACCCAGUUGCCAAAGACUAAGAUCAUGAGGAGGAUGAAUAUAUACAAAAUGAUAACAUGCAAUGAUGAUUAUGACUGGUUUAAAUGUCAUAAAGAACAAAAUACAUUAUUUUACGAUAGCGGCAGAAAGUUAGCUGAGGUGUAUGAAAAUGGUUCCGGAAAAUGGUUUUACGAAAAUGGAGAUCUUGCUUUGGACUUUUACAAUGUUACAGAUGUUCCCAUACCCAGAAGCAGGUACGUAAUUUAUAGCUCCUGCGAAGAUAACUGUAUUAUUAAUAAGAAAAAACAGAUCACAGUUCUAGGAUGUUUUGAUUCCCUUGGAAACGGGGUUGUUUAUGACCAUUGUGGGAAUGCAAGGUUAAAAUAUAAUCAAUCCGAAGGAUUGGUAAUUGAUAAAAAAGUUGGCCCUCCUGGUCGAUGGAAAUGGCAUGCUUUAAAUGAGCCACCUGUUCUACGACCAGUCUAUCUAGAUACAAACAUUACAGAGGAUCCUUGCUUGAGGAACUUCGUAGAAGAGACCAAUGUUGCCAAAAAACCAAACCAGCAAAUGAUUGCUAUUGAGCAUGAGAAGUUCUUAAAGGAAAGAGCAACUAAGAAGUUCCAAAAUUACAAGCCGUUUGAAAUAAGAAUGAAAGCGUUAAAAAUGAACGAAAGUUUUUCACUAAGAAUAGUAAAACAAUCUAAAAUAAAUUUACUAUUUAGAUACGGCCGUAAUCACUUAAGACAGAACAUCGGAAUGGCAUUAAAGUGCGACAAAAUUAUAGAUACUGAAAUAAUAGAAAUUGACGACGUGCCGACACCUUAUGAUCGCCAAAUCCCAAAGUCAGAGAGUAUAGCCGCUAUUCAAAAUGUUUUGUUAAAAGCCAAACGUGUAAAACAUUAA